AUGCGACCACGUAAUACACAAAUUAAAGUUAUUCAUGAUCAAGAAAUUACAAGUAAAAACAAAGAUCAAAAUAAUAUAAUUCCUUCGGAUAAUGUAUCAUCAUCACUAAAGAAUAUUCUUCGUUCUUCUCAAAAACAUGGUAAUAUCAAAAGUGUUGAACACAAUGACUCUGGCGUUUUGGAUGAAAUUGGUGGAAAGAGAAAAAGGGAGCAGAAGGCAAAGGAACCAUCUUCGCAUAAAGCAAGAAUUACAAAGAAAACCAAGAAAAGUAAAAAUUAA